AUGGCUCCGAGGGAUAGCAGUACUAGCCGGCACCGAGAAUCGGGUACACAUCGCAAACAUGAUCGCGGCCACAAGUCGUCUAGAGACCGUUCAUCGCGCAGGCCCGCCACGGACUCUGAAGCCGCAUCUAGUGGUCCGCCAUCCAGCAGUGGACAGAGACUAUCUCUCAAUGCGCUGUCGCAACUGAAUCAAUACAAUUCCACACAUCCUACUGUGGAACCGCCCAGAGCCGAGCGGCCCAGGAAAACGAGAGAAAGAAGGCCGCGCCAGGAUGACUACAUUAUUGUAGAGCCCGAGGAAGACUCGCCGCGGGCCGAGCGCCGGCGAAGGCGUGAUUACACAGACGAAGAAAGAGAAGCACGACGAGCUGCAAGACGAGAAAGAAGGCGACGGGAAGCACUUACCGAUGAUGAAUACGAAACACUGGCAUUGAGACGAGAAAGAAAUCGAAGCCGGGGAGGGGCAGCUCAUGACUCGGAGCGAGAACAUGAGGCGCCUAGAAAAAGUCGAACACGCAGGGAGGUGGCAACCGACUCGGAGAGAGAUCCAGAUUCUAGAAGAAAAGAGCAACGACUACUGGAUGUUGGUCCGAACGACGAGGAUGAACUACGCUGGGAGAGAUAUCGCAACCGCGACAAACGCAAGAAGCGCAUCGUCAGUGGCGCUGUAGUCGAAGAAGGGAGGGCAUCGUCGAAAAUGCGCAUGCGCGGCGGCGCAGCAAGCAAACAUAGCAGCUAUGACAGCGUGGCUGCAGAAAAGGAAGAAUUAUAUCAAAGCACAAAGCCACCUGCUAACAAGAAAAAGAAGCGAUGGAUUAUUGGUGGCAUUGUUCUCAUCAUUCUCAUCGUUGUCAUCGUCGUGGCGGUGGUGGUGUCCAAGAAGAACAGCAAUUCCGGCAGUUCAACUUCAUCGCUGGAUGACAUGAGUGAAAGCGACAUUCCCGCAGCCGCCCGUGGCACCUACCUUGAUCCAUUCACAUGGUACGAUACAACCGAUUUCAACGUGACAUACACCAAUGAGACUGUGGGUGAUCUCCCCAUCAUGGGUUUAUAUUCCAGCUGGGACGACUCCGCGGCUGCCAACGACAAGGUGCCCGCCCUCGGUGACUCCUGGGGUGACUAUGCUUCGACGCCAGCAAGGGGCGUCAAUUUGGGAGGUUGGCUGAGUCUGGAACCUUUCAUCACUCCGUCCCUCUUCAACUAUGACAGUAAGCUAGAGAUUAUCGACGAGUAUACUCUCUGUCAACACCUAGGCGCCAAGACUGCUGCCAGUACCAUCGAGAAGCACUACGCGACAUUUGUGACAGAGUCGACGUUUAGUGAGAUUGCCGACGCCGGCUUGGACCAUGUGCGCAUCCCUUAUUCCUACUGGGCUGUAAUCACAUAUGACGACGAUCCCUACGUUUUCCGAACCUCCUGGCGAUACCUUCUUCGCGGAAUCGAGUGGGCACGAAAGUAUGGGCUUCGCGUGAACCUGGAUUUACACGCCUUGCCCGGUUCACAGAACGGAUGGAACCACAGCGGGCGGCAGGGAGAAAUCCGAUGGUUGAACGGUACAGAUGGAGACACAAACAGACAGCGAAGUUUGGAUGUUCAUGAUCGUCUGUCAAAGUUCUUUGCCCAAGAUCGCUACAAGAACAUUGUAGCGUUUUACGGUCUCGCCAAUGAGCCACGCAUGGUAAAUUUGGACGCAGACGCUGUUGUCUCUUGGACAACCGACGCGUACAAUCUGGUGCGCGGGAAUGGUAUCACUGCCAACGUCGUCUUUGGCGAUGGCUUCAUGGGCUUGGAGAACUGGCAGGGCAAGCUGACAGACAUGGACGGCCUUGUGCUCGACGUGCACCAGUACGUCAUCUUCAACAACGACCAGAUCGUCUACACCCAUGAGAAGAAGGUCACGUACGCAUGCGACGGCUGGACGCAGCAGACACAAAUUAGUCUGGACACAACGACAGGCUACGGCCCGACCAUGUUUGCCGAGUGGUCUCAGGCCGACACGGACUGUGCCGAGUACGUGACUAACGUUGGCUGGGGCAACCGGUGGGAGGGAACAUACGACUCGGGCAACACGUCGACCGAAGCGCUGACGCCGCGGUGUCCCACGACUAACUCGAGCUGUAGUUGCACCAUGGCCAACGCCGACGUGGGCUCCUUUUCGGACGAGUACAAGGACUUCUUGCUCCUCUUCGCCCAGGCCCAGAUGACGAGCUUCGAGUACGGCUGGGGCUGGUGGUACUGGACUUGGGACACCGAGUCAGCGCCGCUCUGGAGCUACAAGCAGGGUCUGGCCGCCGGGAUCCUGCCGGCCAAGGCUUACGAGAGAGACUUUAGCUGUGACAGCGAUGUUCCUGAUUUUGCGAGCGCUGGCUUGAGCGAGUUCUACUGA